AUGGCCUCCGGCAAGCACAAAAAAAAAUCAUGCCUAGACUGCCGCCGCCGGCAUCUAAAGUGUGAAUUCGUAGAGGGUUCGUCAAUCUGCGUCUGGUGUAGGAACCACGGUAGAGAAUGUGUCAAGGAUCUAGAAGCUCGAGAUACACACUUACCUCCCCAACCAGCAAAAGACGGGUCCCUACCCCCUCCCCUUCCUUCCCCACUUGCCUAGCUAACAUAGGAAUGAAACCUAGGGCAAUCGUCCUCAACGGCUCCACCUCCGCAUUCGGCGGCUUCCAACUCGGGAAAUCUAGCUUCCUCCCGGCCGACGGGCCCAGCGCUAACCGAGUUCUCCGCCUCCGGCAGGACCUAGGACUACAGCACAAGCACACUGCUUGUUGGGCCGAAGAGGGAGACCUGGACCACGAGCUGCGCCUUGACAAGCCUGUCCUGACCUACCUGCGGGAGCUCUACUUCGCACGCGUGCACCCAUACAUCCCCAUCAUCACGCAGACUUACCUCGACGAUUCCAGCACCGUUCCGAGCCAGCUGCUGCUCUCGGCAAUGUACGGCGUGGCCGCCAGGCUACCGGGGGCGAUAGUGUCAACGAGGGACUUCCUGCACAUAAAGCGGGUGUUCGAUCACCAACUUAAGCAGCUCACCGCGAACUAUGUCCCAAGCUUGCAAGCGUGUCAGGCGCUCGCGUUGAUCCACCUGACACUGGAGAUGCAAUGUGAGGGGCUAGAAGGCGUGGAAACCUGGCCGCUGCGACUAGCCAGUGCGGUGCGGAUGGCGCUGGAAUUGAAGCUGCACGACGAUUCCACCUACCCUUCCUCACCCCCAUACAUGGCGGAGCUGCACCGCAGGCUGUUCUGGGUGCUCUUCACCAAAGAUCGGUGGACGAGUACGGGGAAAGGGCACCCGCUCAUGCUCGACACAGCGGAUAUCCGCACUUCCUUACCCACAGCAGUAGAUCUCGACGACAACAGCAAUGACCCCACCGAUAAUAACACCCCAGCCGCACACGAAUUUUUCCUAGAACUAAUCCACCAAGCUCGCGUCCUCGGUGCUAUCCACCCAAUCUGCUUCCGCGCCGACAGAUUUGCGCACGUAACGCUUACACAAUUCCGCGAAAUUGAAGCUAAAGUCGACGACCUCGGUGCCCGCCUCCGCUCCUCCGAUAAGCUCUCACCGAUAACCCAGGCCCAUUUGGAACUCAACUACGCCGCCAUCCGCCUCCUCUUCUACGGCCCCUUCUUCAAGCCAUCUUCCGAUACGGAAGCCAAACUCUUCAACCUCUUCAUACCAAAUAUCGAGGGUAAACGCCUGCACCUCGCGAGGGAGGCUGUUCGCGCGCUCGGCUUUGCGAGCAAGGAAUUACUGGACACGGGACCGAGUAUCUGGAGUAUCCUGUUCUAUGCUAUCGUGAGGUGCUUUCUGGUGGGGCUUAGCAUUAAGCAUGAUCCCAUUAGUGGGUACUCACCGGAACUGCGAAGCGAGGCGGGGGAGGCGGUAACCAAGAUUGGUGAUAUUGCAAAGUUCAUGUGCGAGGGGCGGAGAUGGUGCUUUAUGGUUCUCUCUGGGACGCUAAUGUUGUUUACCAAGAAGGUUGCCGAGGAUAAGGACGCUAUCAAGAGGAUUAAGGGGAGUAGGGAAGCUUCGCCCGUGGCUGCUGUGGCAAAGGGGAGGAAGAGGAAGAGGAAUGCUGCGGUUGGGGAGGUGGCCGAGAGGGCUGAGAGGCCCGUGGAGGGAAUCGUGGGGACAGGGCCCGAAGGGGCCACUCUUGAGGGAACGGUGGCGGAAGUCCAGGUGGGAGCCAUGUCACAGCAGGUGGGCUCAGGCACUGCGCCAGUAGCCGCGGCGGGUAGCAUAGCGGGCAUGCCAGUGCUACAGACGGCACUCGGAGAAUACACGGAAUUCGCCAACUGGGACUUGGGCAAUAACUAUAGCGGGGAAAUUGACUGGAAGGACUGGGAUAGGGUGAUUUCGGGCAUGGCCGAG